UUCCGUCCGGGCCUAGCGUGCCGCCGUUUGCAUCUCUACUAUGUCGCGGGCACGCUGCCACCUGCGCUCGGCUCUCUUCCUGGCAGCGGUUUCUUCGCGUGGUGCAACAACCGGGGUCGCAGCGAGGCGAGUAUUGAGCGCAUGGCCUGCGCCGCAGGAGCCCGGCAUGGAGUAUCAGGAUGCCGUGCGCACACUCAACACCCUGCAGACCAAUGCCAACUACCUGGAGCAGGUGAAGCGCCAGCGGGGUGACCCCCAGAAGCAACUGGAAGCCAUGAAGCUGUACUUGGCACGGAGCGGGCUGCAGGUGGAGGACUUGGACCAACUGAAUAUCAUCCAUGUCACUGGGACCAAGGGGAAGGGCUCCACCUGUGCCUUCACUGAACGUAUCCUCCGAAGCUAUGGCCUGAAGACGGGAUUCUUUAGCUCUCCCCACCUGGUGCAGGUGCGUGAGCGGAUCCGAAUCAAUGGGCAGCCCAUAAGCCCCGAGCUCUUCACCAAGCACUUCUGGCGCCUCUACCACCGGCUGGAGGAGACCAAGGAUGGCGGCAGCUGCGUCUCCAUGCCUGGCUACUUCCGCUUCCUCACACUCAUGGCUUUCCACGUCUUCCUCCAAGAGAAGGUGGACCUGGCAGUGAUGGAAGUGGGCAUCGGCGGGGCUUACGACUGCACCAACAUCAUCAAGAAGCCUGUGGUGUGUGGGGUCUCGUCUCUUGGCAUCGACCACACUGGCCUUCUGGGGGACACGAUGGAGAAGAUCGCAUGGCAGAAAGGGGGCAUUUUUAAGUGUGGCGCCCCCGCCUUCACCGUGCCCCAGCCUGACGGGCCCCUGGCAGUGCUGAGGGACCGCGCUCAGCAGAUCUCAUGUCCCCUCUACCUGUGCCCACCACUAGAAGCCCUGGAGGAAGGGGGGCCACUGCUGACCCUGGGCCUGGAGGGGGAGCACCAGAGGUCCAAUGCCGCCUUGGCCUUGCAGCUGGCUCACUGCUGGCUGCAGCAAAAGGGCUACCGGGAUACUGGAGAGCUGAAAGCAUCCAGGCCAAGCCUCCUGGGGCAGCUGCCCCUGGCACCUGUGUUCCAGCCCUCAGCCCACAUGCAGCAUGGGCUUCGGGACACGGAGUGGCCGGGCCGGACGCAGUUGCUGCGGCGGGGCCCCCUCACUUGGUACCUGGACGGCGCGCACACCACCAGCAGCAUGCAGGCCUGCGUGCGCUGGUUCCGCCAGGCGCUGCACAGCCGCGAGAGGCCGGGCGGCGGGUCUGAGGUGCGUGUCUUGCUCUUCAACUCCACUGGGGACCGGGAUUCCGCGGCCCUGCUGAAGCUGCUGCAGCCCUGCCAGUUUGACUAUACCAUUUUCUGCCCUAACCUGACAGAGGUGUCGUCCACGGACAAUGCAGACCAACAGAACUUCACAGUGACCCUGGACCAGGUGCUGCUCCGCUGCCUUGCUCACCAGCAACACUGGAGCCGCCUGCACGAGGACCAGGCCAGCCCGGAGCCUGGUGGGCCUGCACCCCUGCUGCUGGCACCCCGCCCAGCCCACACCCACACCCACAGCACCAGCUCCCUCGUCUUCAGCUGCAUUUCCCACGCCUUGCAGUGGAUCAGCCAAGGCCGGGACCCUGUCUUUCAGCCACCCAGUCCCCCGCGGGUCCUCUUUGCCCACCCUGUGGCCGGCAGUGGGGCCAUCGUCCUCCAGGAGGCUGCUGCCAUCCAUGUGCUGGUCACAGGCAGCCUGCACCUGGUGGGCGGCGUGCUGAAGCUGCUGGAGCCCUCCCUGUCCCAGUAGCCGAGGCGGUGGGGUUGGAGGUGGGGUUCCCCCACACCUGCCCUGCAUUUCGCCACGAACUAAAUUA